AUGGAGGUGCGUCGAGCCGCGUUCACUACCUCGACGUCGUCGCCGCACACACUCUUCGCCAUCAUUUAUGCUGGCGCGUGUUACCGAUCAUACUUCAAGGACGCCGUGCCGGGCGACAAUUUGCUCCAGCUACAAGCCAAACAGCAAGCGCUGGCUCAUCUUCGAGAAGCAGUACAACAGGCGGACGGAAACCCUACAGACGAAAUGCUGAUGACUAUAGCGCUCCUGGCCAUUCAUGGUUCUGUGCAGCCGUUGAAGCCUCCGCGGUUCACGGCGCCUUUGUACAGAGAUAACGAGUUUUACUCAAAUGUGAAGUUUGACCAAACCCAUUUGCGCGCAUUGCGAACGCUUGUUGGUCAAAGGGGAGGCUUGAAAAAGCUCGGGAUCCACGGCUUGAGUAACAUCAUAUCGAUGAUCGACACAUUCCAGAGUCUCAUGUGUCUGAACAAACCACGGUUCGAACCUCUGUUUUCGGCCUCAGCGCUCUCGGCAGUACUGCAGGAAACAUGGGAUGAUGUUACGUGGACCCGGUUCGGUAAACAAGAAGAUGGAUUCCAGUUUCUGGACAACUACGAGGAUGGGUUCCGGCUGCGCCGCAUCAUUUUCCAAACUCGAAUACUCCUGGAAACAUACUCGCUCUUUCUCCGCAAUCCUCGACAAGCUCCGGAUUUGAUGGUGGCGGUUCACACCCGCCGCUCUUUACAGCAUGCAGCCCUACUCCUGGAUCACAGGGCUGAGUGUCUGUUUGAGGCUGCACGGCUUGCUGCCAUUAUCUUCCUUGCUGAACUCGGGUGGACGUUGCCAGUGGUUGGCGGUUUCCAGGACACAGCCACAGCACUUCUCCUCCGGACGUUGAAAGAGUGCGGUCUCCAACAAUGCUGGCAAACUCAUCCUGAUUUUCUCAUAUGGGCAACAGUGAUGGGUGGGCUCGCGGCGCAUCAGACCCCUCGACUUCGAGAUUUCGCCGAGUUGCUAGGAGAGGCAUCCCUGCCGGUGACCAAAGACUCUUGGCUGCAAGUCAAGUCCCUUUCACUCAAGUUCUUGCCCUUCGAGUAUGAGCUUACUGGUACCUGUCAUGCUUUCUGGGAUGAAGCGUGCGACCUGCUAUCAGGCGAACUGGUGACUUGA